GCUGCUGUUGUUUGUGAGUGCACAGCCGUUACAGAGCUCGAACCCACAGCCACCCUGCCACCACCAUGAGAGAGUUCAAGAGCAAAGACUUCUGGAGGGCCGUUCUGGCCGAACUGGUCGGCAUGACCCUUUUCAUUUACCUGAGUAUCUCCGCAGCUAUUGGGAACACGGACAACACCGGCCCAGACCAGGAGGUGAAGGUGUCGCUGACCUUCGGACUGGCCAUCGCCACGCUGGCCCAGAGUUUAGGCCACAUCAGUGGAGCCCACCUGAAUCCUGCAGUUACCUUCGGGAUGCUUGCCAGCUGCCAGAUCAGCGUGUUCAAGGCGGUCAUGUACAUUGUGGCCCAGAUGCUGGGUUCAGCUCUGGCCAGUGGCAUUGUGUAUGGGGCACGUCCAAAUACCACUGACGCACUGGGGCUUAACUCUCUCAACGGUGUCACUCCCAGCCAAGGUGUAGGCAUAGAGCUCCUGGCAACCUUCCAGCUGGUGCUGUGUGUCAUUGCAGUCACUGAUAAAAGGCGGCGUGAUGUCACCGGCUCAGCACCCUUGGCCAUUGGCCUCUCGGUCUGCCUGGGACACUUGGCAGCUAUCAGCUACACAGGCUGCGGCAUCAAUCCCGCUCGCUCCUUUGGCCCGGCUUUGAUCCUGAGCAAUUUCACAAACCACUGGGUGUACUGGGUGGGGCCAAUGUGUGGUGGUUUAGCAGCAGCUCUCAUUUACGAUUUCCUGCUGUUCCCCAAAUUCGAUGACUUCCCUGGGCGCAUGAAGGUCCUGGUCAGCGGCCCAGUGGACGAAUAUGACUUCAACGGAGGAAACGACAACACAACUGUGGAGAUGACGUCGAAAUAGUCCCAUACAGCCACAGUCACUUUCUUUGUACAUGUUCAUGCUCCUGUAAAAAAAAAAAAAGCUUUUGAAUUUAGUGUAUAGUGCUGUUUUGAAAUGCCGAUGAGGAUUGUGGCCACGGGUCAAUUAGUGUCUCUCUGACGUAGAAUUCACUCCUUUGUUCGACCCCCACACGUAAGCUGCUCCUGGAAACACGUCGAGGAUGUGAGAGUCUUGACAGAGCAGCGGGCUGAAAUGUUUUCCCAUAUCAGUAUUCUAAUGAUGAGCCAUUUUAUGUUUUUGUAUACCCUUGUGUCUAUAUCACUUUUUUUUUUUUCUGAUGGAUAAUGUUUUAUGUGUGCACUCUUGAAAAGUUUCUCCCUUUUUUAAGUAAAUAAAACACUUGUUGUUAACA